CAAAUCCCGAGCUGAGCACCACUUUUUAGUCCCGCAGCUCCCCCAUCCCACUUCCACUCUCGGACAACUUCUCUGUUAAGCACCUCAACACUCAACCAUAUUUCGAGACUGUCACUUGUGCUCUUAUUUCUUGAAUCUUAUUAUAAUACCAUCAGAAACAACCGCCCAACAUGGCUCGCAAGUUCUUCGUCGGCGGCAACUUCAAGAUGAACGGGACCAAGGAGUCCAUCAAGAGCAUCGUCAAGGGCCUGAACGAAGCACAAUUGGAUUCCAAUGUUGAGGUCGUGAUCGCCCCCCCGGCCCUCUACCUCCAGCUCGCACAGGACGAGCUCAAGAAGGAGGGCGUCAAGGUGUCGGCCCAGAACGUCUACGACAAGCCUAACGGCGCCUACACGGGCGAGAUCAGCGUCGCCCAGCUCAAGGACAGCGAGGUCGAGUGGACCAUCCUGGGCCACUCGGAGCGCCGGACCGUCCUGGGCGAGACGGACGAGGUGGUGGCCUCCAAGACCAAGUUCGCCAUCGACGGCGGCGUCAGCGUCGUCUGGUGCUGCGGCGAGUCGCUCCAGGAGCGCGAGGCCGGCAACACCGUCGCCGUCGUCGAGCGCCAGCUGGCCGCCCUCGCCGCCAAGGUCUCGGGCGACGACUGGAAGAAGAUCGUCAUCGCCUACGAGCCCAUCUGGGCCAUUGGCACCGGCAAGGUCGCCACCGUCCAGCAGGCCCAGGAGGUGCACGAGGCCAUCCGCAAGUGGCUCAAGGCCAAGGUCAGCGACGCCGUCGCCGAUGAGACCCGCAUUCUCUACGGCGGCAGCGUCAACGGCAAGAACUGCAAGGAUCUGGCCAAGGAGAAGGACAUUGACGGUUUCCUGGUUGGCGGUGCCAGCUUAAAGCCCGAGUUUGUCGACAUCAUCAACUCCAACCUGUAAGCGUUUUCGCCAAGGGAGAAAACACAGUGGCAGGCUCAAGUAGGGCGCCUGGGACAACCCAAAAAGGCGGAGAACGGGAUCGCCCUAGGGAGGAUAUAGAGAUGAGAAAGAA